AGGGGGCGGUGCUGUGAUCUGACCGGAAGUCAAACGAGAGAAGAAGUAGAAGAGCCGCCCAGUGUUUCCGGUCUGGCUUGAUGACGCUCCUCUGAGAGUUUCAGCUGCUGUUGGAAUAAAGUCACCGCAAGAAGGAAGUGAGUGUCCCUCACGUGUCAGCUGACCUGCUGACUCUUCCUGUUUCACACGGACCGGUCCAGUCGUCACCAUGGUGUUAGCCGACCUUGGGAGGAAGAUCACCUCGGCGCUGAGGUCGCUCAGCAACGCCACCAUCAUCAAUGAAGAGGUGUUGAACGCCAUGUUGAAGGAGGUGUGUGCCGCCCUCCUGGAGGCCGAUGUCAACAUCCACCUGGUCAAACAGCUGAGAGAGAACGUCAAGGCCGCUAUAGAUCUGGAGGAGAUGGCCUCAGGUUUGAACAAGAGGAGGAUGAUCCAACACGCCGUCUUCAAAGAGCUCGUCAAGCUGGUGGACCCCGGGGUGAAGGCCUGGACUCCCACAAAAGGGAAGAACAACGUCAUCAUGUUUGUUGGUUUGCAGGGAAGUGGGAAAACAACAACCUGCUCCAAGUUGGCGUAUUAUUACCAGAGAAAAGGCUGGAAGACAUGUUUGAUCUGUGCCGACACCUUCAGAGCAGGCGCCUUCGAUCAGCUCAAACAAAACGCCACCAAGGCCAGAAUCCCCUUCUACGGAAGUUACACGGAGAUGGACCCGGUGGUUAUUGCCGCAGAGGGCGUGGAGAAGUUCAAAGCUGAAAACUUUGAGAUCAUCAUCGUGGACACGAGUGGACGACACAAACAGGAAGACUCGCUGUUUGAGGAAAUGUUACAAGUGUCCAACGCCGUGCAACCAGACAACAUUGUGUACGUGAUGGACGCGUCCAUUGGUCAGGCCUGUGAGUCUCAGGCCAAAGCUUUCAAAGACAAAGUGGACGUUGCCUCGGUGAUCGUCACCAAGCUGGACGGCCACGCCAAAGGAGGCGGAGCUCUGAGCGCCGUGGCCGCCACCAGGAGUCCAAUCAUCUUCAUCGGGACGGGGGAACACAUCGACGACUUUGAGCCGUUCAAGACGCAGCCGUUCAUCAGCAAACUGCUCGGGAUGGGCGACAUCGAAGGACUGAUUGACCGAGUGAAUGAGCUCAAACUGGAUGACAAUGAGGAACUGAUCGACAAACUCAAACACGGUCAGUUCACCCUCAGAGACAUGUACGAGCAGUUCCAGAACAUCAUGAAGAUGGGCCCCUUCGGACAGAUCAUGGGGAUGAUUCCAGGCUUCGGUACAGACUUCAUGAGUAAAGGAAACGAGCAGGAAUCAAUGUCCAGACUGAAGAAACUGAUGACGAUCAUGGACAGUAUGAACGACCAGGAACUGGACAGUAAAGACGGAGCGAAGCUGUUCAGUAAACAACCCAACAGGAUCCAGCGCGUGGCCCGGGGGUCAGGGGUCGUCACCCGGGACGUCCAGGAGCUUCUGACCCAGUACACCAAGUUCGCCCAGAUGGUGAAGAAGAUGGGCGGGAUCAAGGGCCUGUUCAAAGGAGGAGAUAUGUCGAAGAACGUGAACCCGUCUCAGAUGGCAAAACUGAACCAGCAGAUGGCGAAGAUGAUGGACCCACGUGUCCUGCACCACAUGGGAGGGAUGGCCGGGCUGCAGUCCAUGAUGCGUCAGUUUCAGCAGGGCGCCGCUGGCAACAUGAAAGGCAUGAUGGGAUUCAACAACAUGUGACCUACGACCAAUCAGCUGCCUUGAAACAGCUGCUGCCUCCUGACGGGCACAUGUGUAGGGGGCGGGGCUUCGGGAGAGGAAGUGAGAGGAGAAGGAUAAUGUUUAAAGGAGCAGUUCAACAGUUUGACAGUUUGCUGCACUGCUCCUUUAAACGACGAAGAUGAGGACGAAGACGAUUGGUUCAUUUAAUCUGUAUCAUAUGUUUGUGUCAGAGCUUCAGAGUCCGUCCUGAUUGGACGAGCUGGUGAUGAGGACGUUAGUUAGUGACAGUAUUUUUGUCAUAAUAAACAUUUGUAUUUCAUCAUUUUAAA